GAACAAACCACUUAAAAGAUCCCGAAUGACGGGUACUUUGCUAAGCAAGAAACGUGAUGAGCAAAAGUUUAGAGUUAAUUUCUCUUUUGAGGACAUACCUUGCAAUCGUUGCUCUUAUGACAUUUGGAAAUGCAUUACAAUGCUUCGUCGAUCCAAGUUUUUUGAAAAAUAGAAUGUAUUCCAACGCCACUGAUGAUCGAGGACUCACCAGUCGGAUUGUUGGUAUCUGGACUUUAUUUACAGCAAUACUUCGCUUCAGUUGUGCAAUAGAUAUUUAUAAUAAGCCGAUAUUUGGACUGACACUUUUAUCAUUUUGUGCUGGACUGGUGCAUUUGGUAGCUGAAGUAUUUUACUACAGAACAACAGAUCUCAUGCCAUCAUCAUCAAUACAGAUACUUGUUUCAGGUGUGUCAAUACUUGGAUUGUGCUGUGGAUACCUAUUCCUGGAUAAAUCACAAACCAUUCAAACCAUUGAAGAUAUAGAGGAUUCCAAAAGAAAAACAUUUUCAAAGUUAAUGAAACGAAAAAGUAGCUGAUAUUGAAAUAUUAUUUUUGAUAUUUACAUACUUGCUGGAUCUAAAUUCUCACUUUUACAUGCUUUGCCUAGUCCCUUUUUUAUUUGCAUGAAAGGAAAUUAUAUUUACAUGGAAAAGUAUGAAUACCUUUAUUGUUCAUAUAAAAAGAGAAGAUAUUAAAACUUACUUCAAUACUUGGUAUUUGAUUUUACAUGUAGAAUUGUUGUUUUAUGACUUAAGGUAAAUCACUGUCGGUCUUUGACUCAUGUUGCUAGUUUGUUUAGUCUGAAGGGCUAAGUGAGUAUGUAAGCAUCAGAUUUUUACACUUUCAAUUUCUUCUGAAAAUACACAUAUUUCAGCUUACUAUAAAAGUCUGAAAAAGGAAUCAGUUUCCGCACAAUAUCUAAGUUUUUAAUCAAACUCAAACAUCAAGUUGUUGCUAUUGCUGAGAAAAGAGUUUCUGUAUGGUACUGCUAAUUAUAUGAUGCAUGGAACGCUUUCCCUUCCAAAUUAACCGAAACUUAAGAUGGUAAAAGUGGUGAUUUCAUAAAAGAUGUGAUAGCUUAAUACAAGAUGGUGUAGUUUUACACAGGACAUUUACAGUGAGAUAUGAUACAAGGUCAAUUAUCUCAUCCUAUUUGAGGUGCUAUUUUAUAAAUAAGGUAAAACUAAAUAAAGGUUUCAAUGUUAUUUUAAUUCUAAUUGCAAUAAAUCUUGACUUCCAUACACUUAACCGAUAAUUCUGUGUGUGAUUUUGUGAUGGUUUAUGUGCAGCCUCUUGGUCCCUGUUUUGCACAUGCUUUGUCUCUGAUUUUGUGACAG